AUGGCCGACCAGCUGAGCGAGGAACAGGUGGCCGAGUUCAAGGAGGCCUGCUGCCUGUUCGACAAGGACGCGGACGGUGUCAUCACCACCCAGGAGCUGGGCACCGUCAGGCGCUCCCCGGGCCAGAACCCCACGGAGGCCGAGCUGCGGGGCACGGUGGGCGGGAUCGACCGCGACGGCAACGGCUCCGUGGACUUCCCCGGGGUCCUGGGCGUUAUGGCCGGGCAGCUGAGGGGCAGGCACAGCGAGGAGCAGAUCCGCGAGGCCCUCCGCGUCUUCGACCAGCAUGGCAACGGCCUGGUGAGGGCCGAGCCGCGGCACGUGAUGACCAGGCUGGGGGAGAGGCUGGGGGACCAGGAGGUGGAUGAGAUGAUCCGGGCCGCCGACGUGGACAGGGACGGGCAGGUGAACUACGAGGAGUUCGUCCGCACGCUGGUGUCCAAGUGA